AUGGCUCAAAAUUUCCCACCUUCGGCGCGAGCCUCUGCCACCCUGGACCAAGGUCCCGCCUGGACUCUUAUGCAACGAGUCAAAUCUCGACCGAAAUAUGACUCUCAGAACAAGCCGGACGGUCUUAUCAACCUUUCGGGGGCGCUCAACGGUCUGAUGGAGGAUUGGAUGAAGGCAUACGCCGACAAAAAUCUACACUUCACGUCUGAAGCCUUGUCUUAUGGGCCUCUCAGCGGGUCUCAAGACCUACUCAGUGCUGCAGCCGCAUUCUUUAACCGCUUCUUCGAUCCAGCAGAGCCAGUCGCUGCUGAGCAGGUACUGGCAGCCAACGGAGUCACCUCGCUGCUCAACAUGAUGGCGUGGACUCUCUGUGAUGAAGGCGAUGGAGCUCUUUAUACCACCCCCAGAUUUUACAUGCUCGACUUUGACCUAAGUGUACGAACCGGCCUUGCCACAGUGCCAGUUUCGAUGACUGGCCUGAAGGACCCAUUCGGGGCUGACGGGUUGGACGAGUUCAUUGAGGCACUCGAAGCUGCCGCCGAUAAUGCCCAGGACAAACUCAAUGUCAAGUGUCGCAUGUUAUGCCUGACCAACCCUUCAAAUCCCCAAGGGCGAUGGUAUUCCAAGGAGACCCUCGAGGCACUGGCGUCGUGGUGUGCCCAACGACAGAUGCAUCUCGUCGUCGAUGAGAUUUACGCAUUGUCCACCUUCUCCAAUGAGGACGAUCACAACAAUCCCAAUGGCGAUAACCUUGUUCCGAUGACCAGCAUUCUCAGUGUCUCUGCUCGAGAGAAUGUUCACUGCCUCUAUGGACUAAGCAAAGACUUUAAUAUGGGGGGCGUACGAAUGGCAUUCCUCGUCAGCAGAAAUGCUCAAGUUCGCGCUGCCGUCUCCAAAAUCACAUGGUUCACUUGGCUCAGCGUCAUGUCAGACAACUUCGUGACUCGCUUUCUCCAGCAACUGGACCUGGUUCAAGAAUAUCUGGACGUGUACAGGCCAAGGCUUAGCCAUGCCUAUCGCCAAGUUUCCACUGCACUCGAGACAAACAGAAUUCCAUUUGAACGAGCCGAAGCUGGUUUAUUCGUCUUUAUCGAUCUGAGCGCUUGGAUCCACCAUUUUCAAGACCCGGCCGGCAAACCACCAGCGACUGACAAUGCCUUGAGCCCCGAACUUCAGCUCUGCGAAUGGCUCAUUGAUCACGGGGUCUUCUUGAAUGCAGGCCAGUUCACCGGCUGCGAUCUCCCUGGCCAUUUUCGGCUUGUCUUUACGCAAGACCUCGACGCCACUCUCUUGGGGAUCCGGCGGAUUCGGUCAGCUCUGGACCAACUGGACCAUGCGUGUGGAUCAUGA